UAUAACACAGCGUUAACAGCACGGAGCGUCAUUUGAACUCCAGUCACUGACAGACGCAUUUCACGGCUGGCUCCAUAAGACACACAUGCGCCAGUCCUUGACGAGGGGACACACCGACGACCUAAAUAUACUCAGUAGUCCCCAGUUACCUGCUAUUAGAGAGACUUUUGGCUUUCCCUCUGCUGGGAGACGCUUUGUGAAAGUCCUCCAUGAUGCUUGGAGCAGUUAAAAUGGAAGGACACGAACACACCGACUGGAGCACCUACUACGGAGAGCCCGAGUGUUACACCUCGGUUGGCAACAUGAACGCGGGCCUGGGAAUGAACUCUAUGAAUACCUACAUGAGCAUGUCCGGCAUGAGCACCACUGCCAACAUGACGGCCAACUCCAUGAACAUGUCAUACGUCAACACGGGCAUGAGCCCCUCCAUGACCGGCAUGUCACCGGGAACCGGAGCCAUGAACGGCAUGGGCGCGGGGAUGACGGCAAUGAGCGCAGCGCUGAGCCCCAGUAUGAGCCCCAUGACUGCGCAGCCCGCGUCCAUGAACGCCUUAACAUCGUACUCAAACAUGAACGCCAUGAGCCCGAUAUACGGACAGUCUAACAUCAACAGGUCCAGAGACCCUAAGACCUACCGGAGGAGCUACACGCACGCCAAACCCCCGUAUUCCUACAUUUCUCUCAUCACCAUGGCCAUCCAGCAGUCUCCGAGUAAGAUGCUCACUCUAGCCGAGAUCUACCAGUGGAUAAUGGACCUCUUCCCGUUUUACCGACAGAACCAGCAGCGCUGGCAGAACUCCAUUCGCCACUCUUUAUCUUUCAAUGACUGUUUCGUCAAAGUGCCCAGGUCGCCGGAUAAACCGGGGAAAGGCUCGUUUUGGACUCUCCACCCGGACUCCGGAAACAUGUUCGAGAACGGCUGCUACCUGAGGAGGCAGAAACGCUUCAAGUGCGACAAGAAGAUGAAGGAACCGGGCCGCAAGUCGGGAGACGGCGGCUCCUCCAACAGCAGCUCAGAGAGCUGCAACGGUAACGAGUCCCCGCUCUCCAACUCCUCCUCCAGCGACCACAAAAGGUCCCUGUCGGACAUGAAGACGAGCCAGGCCCUGAGCCCGGAGCACACCGCUGCUAGCCCGGUGACGCAGGGGCAGCACCUCAUGUCUCAGCAUCACUCGGUUCUUGCGCACGAAGCCCACCUGAAGCCGGAGCACCACUACUCCUUUAACCAUCCUUUCUCCAUAAAUAACCUCAUGUCCUCGGAGCAGCAACAUCACAAAAUGGACUUAAAGACUUACGAGCAGGUGAUGCAUUACUCUGGCUACGGCUCUCCCAUGGCCGGACCUCUUUCCAUGGGCUCCAUGGCGGGGAAAGCCGGUCUGGAUUCUUCAUCCAUACCUGACACAGCUUACUACCAAGGUGUCUAUUCCAGACCCAUCAUGAACUCCUCAUAAACUCUUUAUCCAUCCAUGUGAUGUGGACUUUCUCCCCGUUCACUUUGUACAUUUGUAAAACAAAAAAAAAAAAGUAUAGACUUUGUGUACAAUAUGUAUUUCAGAUAUUUUUGACGUUUGCCACCGUUUUAGUUGUCGAGUUUGUUAGUAGCCUAAUUAUUUUGAGAGGAUGCUGAUAUUAAUGAUUAAAACACUGAUAAUGUGACAGAAUCUGCCCAGACGUUGGCUUCAGGAAUGGACCCAAAGACAACCAACAACAACUUAUCUGUAAAAUAACGAGCGUCUGCAUAUCCGGACUCCAGCGGAUCGAAAAGCUGGAUUUGUUCAAUCAUUUGUGUAAUUCCUAUUUAUGGCUUGUAUAUGUGUAUUCUUGUAGUGACAAGAACAGAAUCUAUAU